AUGGUGGCUUCCGGUGCAAACACCACCGUAGUGUGCCUUCUGUUGGCUGUGUUUAGCAGUGUGCAGUGUUACGAACAUUUGUCCCGGCAUGGGAAUGCGUUACUGUUCAAUCCGGAGUUUGAGUAUGAGAGUGAUUUUCGGCACGAUCUCGAGCAUGAACUGCUGCCGCAUGAAGAACGAUCUUACUAUUAUCAUGGCGAACCGGAUGCGGCAGAACACGCGUUCCAUCAUGCCGACUACAGUCUAGCGAACCUACGACCAAUUUCACCAACACCUGCCUUUACGCUGGAUCCUUCGUACAUCUCGCCGGCAGACAUUGUGCCAGCGCGAGCCAAACGUGCCAAUCGAAUAAGGAGUAAGUCAUCAUCGAGGCAGCGGAAGCGUGAGCAGAAGGAAAGGGAAUUGUUACCCGAGGAACGGGAUGACGAUGACGAGGAGGAGGAGGAAGAGGAUGGGGGCGUGGAAAGGAAUGACCAAGGCAACUCCGGUGAAAGCACCGACGUGGACGAUUACGCCGAACGGUACGAACAGUUUAUCGCCAAACAUUUUGAAGAUUUGGAAAAUAAGCGCAAAAAAUCGGCCGCUCAGCGCAAGGCACCGAAGAACAAGAAACCGUCCACCGAGGAAGGUGACGAUGAGGACGAUGACGAGAAGGAUGGUGAUUACAAGUUUGAUCGGUUCGACUACUCCUCGUCGGAGGAUUACGAGCGCAUUAAAGCAGAGUCCGAGGAGCAAAGUAGACGACUGGCGAAAGAUCCGGGCAACUGUCGCACGUACGAGAAGGACGGUAUGGUGUGCAGCGUCUGUCACGAUCCGGCCAGUGACAGUGCAUCGGAGAGUUGUGCGUAUGCGACUGAACCACAUCACCGGAAGUACGCGUACGUAAAGGAACGUAACUAUGACAGCAAGAAAGAUGAUCCGAACCGGGAGAAAGCGACCGAAAGCGCUGACGAGGACGAUCACGACGAGCAUGAAGCCGACCGGGAACAUACCAGUGCCGAAACGCGCCCAGAAAGGCAGACGGAUAUUGCAGGCAGCUUAGGCCCAACGCCGGUUCCCAAACGGGUUCCAACACGUCCACUUCGCAAGCCAACACUUCGCUCGAAACCUCACCAAUCGGCCACGAACGGUGGCGGGUAUCGUUAUCAACCGAUCGAUCUGCGGUCGAACCGUGCCAACAUGAAGCUAACAGUGGCGAAGGACAGCGAGAACCUUCCACCACCCGGCAAGGGGGAAGACAUUUACGUGAUGGACUAUGCCGACCAGGACGAGGUGGCGAAAGUGUUGGCCGAGUUUAAGGCACGCGAUUGGUCCAACUGCCGCAAAGAGUCUCGCCUGGUCGCGUCCGAACCCGUGCGACCGCCACCAUCCAUGGCCGGCGGUAAGCUGCGCAAGCGGAAGAAGGUUGUGGCGUUGACCCGCCAGGACCUGGCAGCGAUUGAGCCGGUGCCGGCUAAUGCGGCGAACGGUGUGCCACCGCCGAAGGAGAAACAAACCGUCAAGCGGACGGUUUCUUUCCGCAGUUUCGUGACCGGUUCGGGCAGACCGAGGGAAACAAUGCCGUCGAUCGGUGGACCGGAUGGAGGUGAACGGGUGAUUCACUACGAGCAUCACAUUUCCCACGAAGUGCCGUGA